UUCCACUCCCCCCAUUGCUCUGUGUGUGGGCAGCAGGGCUUCUGCUUGACGCCUGAGAGAUGAGCUCCCGUGGCUUAGCCCUGGCACCUCCAGCCAAGAACGUGCUUGUGUAUCGCAACGGUGACCCCUUCUUCCCCGGGAGGAGGUUUGUGGUGAACCAGCGGCGCUUCCUGACCUUGGAGGCCUUCCUGAACGAGGUGACCAAGGGCAUCGAUGCACCCGUGGCCGUGAGGAACCUCCACACCCCCCGGCACGGCCGCUGCGUGGCGGGGCUGGGGGACCUGCAGGACGGGUGCCAGUACGUGGCUGCGGGCUUGGAGAGGUUCAAAAAGCUUGACUAUUUAAAUCAUGGAAGGAAGGAGCUCCAUGGGAUGAAGCACAAUGAGGGUCUGCAGCUCCACACUGCAGCUCCCUGGAAGUCGCGACGGCAGAAGGACACCCGCCCGCCGUGCACCAUACAUGUUUUCCGGAAUGGGGAUUUGCUGAGCCCUCCUUUCCCUCUGCCAGUCUCUAACAGCGCCCUGCUGCAGUGGGAUUCACUCUUGGCCACGGUGACAGAGAAAGCCGCCCUGCACAGUGGAGCUGUCCAUAGGCUCUGCAGGCUGGAUGGAACCUGGGUGUCUGGUGGAGAGGAGCUGGUGGAUGGCGGAUACUACGUGGCGGUGGGAAAUGAGGAGUACAAGAAACUGCCUUACUUUGAGCUGCUGGUGCCCCAGGAUCCUGCCAGGAGGACACUGUGGAACCACCCAAAUAACAGGCGCAAAAGGCACCGCCAGAGGGUGAGUGGCUCAGCUGGCAUGGAACUGUGUGUGCUACCAUCACUGUUGUUGCUGCCCCAUUCCUCCACAAGCAGUGGAUGUGUCCAGUGAUCUCCAUUCCCAAUUGCCAUGGCUACGGUACCCUUGCUUGCACCACUCCCAAAGGAAUGGUGCUAGAGACACAUUAUAUUGGAGGUGAUGCACGGUUCUGCCUAGGAAGGCUCUUUGGAUGAAUUAGAACUUCAAAGGGAAAUGACUCCUUUGAACUUAAAGGAGAGAAAGGUCUAGUAAAGAAUGAGGUGAUGGUUCCUCAGGGGGGAGCCUGCUGUGCUGAGUUUGCUCUAGAGGCUGGGCAGCAUUUCUCAGUGGUUGGGCACUGUCAGCCUUUCCCCCACUGUUGUUAAUAUUUGAGUGUCACAGCUCUCCUUUGCAGUGGGACAGAAUCAUUAGGGGUUAACUAAACUACCUCUGAAUGAAGUGUAGAGACCCAAAUUUACAUACCAAAGCCAUAAGACUGGAAAGGGAAUCCUGGAAUUUAGUCCCAGGAUCUUUCUGUAAUAGUGAGGUGUGACAUUAAUUUCUUUCUCAGCACAAAAAGGCACAGGCUACAGGCACAUCACAAGAGGCUGUGGCAAGGAAAAGGGAUGCCAGUGACUCUGAGGAUGACAAGCACCAAACGAUGCUGCCGCUGGCAGGGAAGAGCUGGGAGGAGUUGGCAGAAGAAGUGUGAUGGGAGAAGAGGUACAUUCAGGUACACCUCUACCUGCACAGCUGCAGUAACAGCAGCAUGUGAAUCCCAGACUGCUUGACUACCAGGGCCUGGCCAGGCAUUCUGAUGGAUUCACAAACUCGCCCAAAAUCAAACAUCCUCAUCAUCUGGGCUUGAGCAGCACAGUAUCAGUGAGCAACGCAUCAGAUGCACAAUAUUGUUAAAUGAUGAUCUUUCCCCUUUUCUGCUGCUUGUCUGAACUCUAAUUCAGCUGGUUUGGAUCUGAACUUGGGAAGGAGGAAUAACUAAAUAGAAUACAUGCCUUUUACACUUUUCUCAACCAGGAACUUUAUUCUAUGUCAGAUAUUUCUUAUAAUGAGAUGCCAUUGCAUCACCAUCCCUCUGCUUUGGAAUGCUCGGAUGGUGUUUGCACCAAUCAAACCCAUUCCCCAAAACUGUAUAUAUAUUUCAUUCCUGUGAACUUGUUUUGGGAGCAGCUGCCUGAUUUCAGAGGAGUCAUGGUAAUAAACUGCUCUUGGAUUGAC